AUGGGAGUCGAUCCUCUAUCCCCAAUUGCGCCAGUGCGCCUUCGGGCGUUACUGCUUCCAAUUGGCAGAAUCAAGCGCUCACGUUUCUUGAGCUUCGCUGCUCGACUGCAAGCUGAGAAUGUGGUGCGACUAGGGGACAUUACUCCGGACUCUCGUCCAAACCGAAAUAUGUUCUCCCCGCUUGCCUUCCCCACCGGAAUGAUCCUCUACGACCUGUCCUUCUCCGUUCCCCCCACAUCACAUCUAGAGCUGUUCCCAUUCGAGAUAUACAGGGAACCGCUGGUGAUCAUUGCUAUAGCCGACGGGACAGAGCUGUCCCAAAGCUCUGGAGCCAAUGCAAAGCAUCCUACACCACAGGAAUUGGACCGGUUACGAGAGGAACUAGAUGCGGUGAGAGAGAGGAACCCGCGGGCAUUGGUAAACCAACUCCUUGUCUUUGACUAUGAGGGGCUGGAUAAUAUCACCAAUGGUCCGGAGAAUGUUCUUUGGGUUCCUCGACCCGAAGCCUCCAAGGCGACUACCAUGAAAACUGUCCUGUGUGAUAUCACCUCCAUUUUGCUAUCAGAGUUGGAUGAAUUCGCCAAGACGAUUCAAAAUAUCCCGUCGAUAGAGUCGCCUAGAGCUUCAUCAUGGGGCCCACAUCGAAAUCCGGAGUUGCGGCCGCGACCUGUGGAUAGGAUACUGAAUCGUAUGACUUUGCCUGCGCAGAUGCCAUCUAACCCUAAUGGUGCACCACCGGAGACGCCCCUGAGCUCGAAUGGCCCCUCCCCUGCACCGAGUGACCACGAAACACCUACAACAUUCGACGAGAUCACCCGUUCCAUCCACUUAUCACGAACAAACUCGGGCGGCAGGAGUCCCUCAAUAGCGUCACCCAAAGAGCACAGCCGGGAUCGCAUGUCUGUGAGUGGCCUCAGUGCCACUGACAGAACCAAAAACCGUAUCAAGGGCCGGUCUGGAGUUGUCAUCGGCACUCUCUUCCUGCAGGCAGGAAGGUGGCCAGAUGCGCUCAAAGAGCUAGUCGAGGCAGCCAACAAUGCGCGAGCUGGCAGUGACUAUGUCUGGCAUGGAAAAGCUCUGGAGAACAUUCUUCUGUGCCUCGUGAUGCUUGCGUGGGCAGGCAUGGAUUUCCAAAUUCCUCCCGUUCUCUAUCCGGUAGCCGACAAGGCUUCCAAGGCUGUUAGAGAUGCGAUUCAGGCACCAUCUGCGGCUGGCAACCGUCUGGUCUCCCUCCAAAACCUUGCCAACCUGUUACCGGAUCUUUCCAACACUAUCCUAAACCUAUACGUUCGGGCUGCCAAUAUAACGGAUGAACCUCUGCCCCAGCUAGUUUUCUCCGAAACUGUGAUUCGACUCUCGAGGUUGAUGGUAUCUGCUCGCAUUCGAGACGGCGGACUCGAUGACAAUGCUUUGAAGCACAUUGUGAUGAAUGAACCUUUAAUUCCUUUACAUCAACCAGAACUCCCUCGCGGGACAAUUGUGCUUCGCAAGUCUGAAAUUGCCAAUUUCCUCUACCGGGCUCUCCCACUUGCCCCCGAAGCAGAUUUGCCUGCCACGGAUGCUGUCCCUAUCAUCGCGGGUGUCAUUUCUAUCCUCAAUGCUCUUGACCUGCCGCGGAAAAAAGCUUUUGUUUUGCGCGAGCUUCUCACUGUCAUGGUACCCAGUCUUGUCCAGGCUCGGAAGAUCGGUGCUGCAGAGGUUGGUAUUCAUCCUGCUGCUGGACUGGCCUCUCUCAGUGACACGGCAUUCGAUGUUAAUGCUCUCGAUGUUGGUCCUGGCAAUAUGGAAUCAAGUGUUCGUCUUCUUCUGGCUUCAAUUGGUGAGAUCUACGGUGUUCAACCUUCGGCAUCCUAUGAGUGGGAGAAGCGACAGAGUAGGAUGCCAGCUUCGGGUGGCCCACGAAAGUGUCCCGAGUAUGAUUCAAUUUCCAGCAUUGCAGAUCGGUCCUUCCGUCAUGUCACACUGGAUCGAUAUGGCGAUCUGAAUCUCAAGAUCGACGUUCUCAAAGCGUGUAUCAACUGUUGUGAAGCGCUUCCUGACUUUGAUGGCGUCCUCCGCUUCACAGUGGAGCUCUUGCAAACGAUUCGGGGCGAGCUCAUGCUGAAUGAAGCUCACAGGGUGCCGCCGUACCUGCCACAGGACGAACAAGUCCGUCUCUUGAACAACAUCAAACGUACAGUAGGAGCCGGAAAUCGUCUAGGUGCCACCAACAUGGCUGCCGAGUACUGGGACGAUUUCCUUGUCCGUGAUGUUCAGUUGCUUGCAUUGCCUGAUCCGCGACGGCCUGUCCGCCGGUCCAAGACAGAGCUAGACGCCGUUACGACGGGAUCGGAAAAGGCGAAGAAGGAUCCCUUCCUGUAUAACCCCUUUGCCAAGCCUAGUAGCAAGGCUUUGGAAGUUCUUACAGUGACUGAUGAACCUGCCUCUUUCCGAGUGACUCUCCAGAACCCUUAUGAGUUUGAGAUCGAGAUCGAACACUUGCGGCUGGAAAGCGAGGGUGUGAAAUUUGAGGCCGUGGCAGAGAAUAUUGUUCUUCCUCCACUCUGUCUGCAGGAUAUCAUUGUCCUUGGUACUGCCCACGAGGAAGGAAACCUGAACAUCUCGGGAUGUAUUGUCAAAAUGCGCCAUUGUCGGGAGCGAAGAUUCCCAAUCUUCAAGACAGUAUGGAGGCCCGAGCCUGAGGUCAAGUUCAAGCGCACAGGACUCUCUGCAAAGAAGCCUCUUAAUGAUCGUCCGUUGUCCUGGAGCUCAACGACAUCGAAAGAUGGAAAAGUGUUUGCAAAGAAGGGACCUGAAACGGAAACGUGCCAGGUCAAAGUCAUUGGCAAGCAGCCAUCUUUGCUUAUUGAGUCGAUGUCGCUCUCGCAAUCAGCAAUGAUGGUUCUCGAAGGCGAGAUCAAGUCAUUCUCCAUCACUCUUCAAAAUAUAUCCUCGUGUCCCGUGGAUUUUGUCUUGUUCACCUUCCAAGAUUCGACUACUCGCCAGCUUCAAUCGGCGUUGAGAAACAAGGAUUUACUUGCCGUGGAGAUUUACGAGCUGGAGUUGAAGCUGGCCACCCAGCCUGCUUUGAAGUGGCGCCGUGAGGGCCCGCAAUCUGAUGACUGGAAUAUCCCACCUGGCGAGAAGGCCACAUUCACCGUGGACGUCUUGGGAAAGCCUGGCUUGCAAGAUACGACAGUGCAAAUCGACUACUCGUACUUGAAGAGUAAGCAGGGAGAGCUGCCAGAGGUGUUCUACACACGGCAGCUGUUCGUCCCAUUAACUGUCACGGUCAACGCGAGUGUAGAGGUUGCUCGUUGUGACAUCCUGCCCUUCAGCGGAGACUUUGCCUGGAAAAAUCAUCUCGAUGCCCCGUCAGACGCGGCACAGACAUCAGAGUGCCCAUUGUCUGCCACCGACAAAGAUCCCUUUUCUCAAAUUCUUUCCCGCCUGGGCAAUGGUGCAUAUGGACCAGAUCACUGCAUUGUUUUACUCGACCUCCGCAAUGCAUGGCCCAGCCCGCUAUCAGUAUGGCUGCGCGUGAACGAGCACUCCAUCAUCAAAGCUCCCGAGUCCUUCAAGGAUGACAGCAAGGGCCAAUACUCCGUCGAUGGCAAUCUCCAACCAGGCCAAGUCUCACGAUUCGUCCUCGUUCUCCCCCGCGUCUACCUGGACAACCCAUACGCCAGCAUCCCCGUCGUCAACACAGGAACCCGUCGCCAAUUCGUCGUCAGCGCCAAUAAGCUCACCUUCGAGGCAGAAGCAGCCUCCCGCGAGGCAUUCUGGUUCCGCGAAGAACUUCUCAAACGAGUCCUAGGAGGUUGGUCCGAGUCCACCACAGGCCGCAAGGGAUCCAUCGACCUCCGCAACAUUCGUCUAAACACCCGCAUGGUAGAAGCAAUGCGUCUCGAGGACGUAGAAAUUUCCUUCUACCUCGCACCCCCCUCUUCCAGCAACACCGAGCCUGAGCCUUCCUCCGUAAAACAAACCGGCCGCUCCCGCUUCCACGCCCAAACAGACGACCUCCUCACUCUCUCCGUCACAGUCCGCAACCGCUCAUCCAGACCCAUCCACCCCCUCCUCCGUCUCCAGCCCAGCCUCCGCCACCAACCAAAUAGCAUCGCGCUAGACUUAACCCGCCGUCUCGCCUGGACGGGUAUGCUCCAGCAAGCUCUCCCGAUUCUGCCAGCUGGGGAAUCAACACAAGCCUCCAUCGGCGUGACGAUCCUCUGCCGCGGCGAAUACGAGUUCGGGGCUAGUGUAGAGGAAGCCCGUCUCUUGCGGCAAUUUGGUGAUGACGGGAAAGAUGAAAAUGACCAUGCUGCGACGCGCUUUAUCGAAGAUGGGAUUAAGGAUACUUUUGGUACGGACGUGGUGAGGCGUCGUCGCAUCUGGCAUGCGAAGGAGACUUGUGUUAUUCUUGCUAGGGAUUGA